GUUCAAACUUUUUUAAAAACUUCUGUAGUUAAAUGGCCGAAGAUGAUACCAAGUCUACUAAAUCAACUAAGUCGACAAAGUCCACCAAAUCCAAGAAAGAAGAUAAAGGUGGCGAAGAAGAAGAAGAUGAACGUCUUGAGUUUAUCCUCGCUUAUUUCACAAAAUCCUACAGACUUAAACAAGAAAAGUGGAAUAAAAUGAUCGCAAUAGACGAAAAUAAGAAACUCAUUUUAAAUUUUCUGAACAACCCUCAAGAAAAAUUUAUGAUUAUAACAAUAACCGCAGCAGGUUUGCUGACUCCUUUUAAACAAUACAACAGCGCUGUAAGAUCCAAAUAUACUUAUUUUAUUAAAAAGAAAGAGGAAGUCGUGACUAUGGAAAAUUUCGCUGAUGUUAUUCUUUUUGGUGACAUGGCUGCAAAACCGGUGGACGAAUUAGCUGUCCUUUUAGAUACAAUCUUAAUCCCUUUACUUGCAAACCCCGGAAAUCAGAAAGGAUGGCCACAGGUGGUUGCAGACGACGUUGUCGCGCAUGUCCGGAAUUUUAAAAACUCAGUCGAACAAAUUCGAGGAGCAAUGAAAAGUCAAACAAUUUUGCCGAUGCCACAAGGCAUGUCACGUCUCUUCGAAGCAAUAAGCCAAUUUGAGGAAACAGAAGGUACUAACAUCGAUUUGGUCCUGAAAGCUUCUCUCGAAAGUGGUGUCACGAAAUGGUCAAACGUUUGCAGCGAGAUUUUGAAACAGUCGUCUACUAUUGCUUUCGCAGGAGGAAAUAAUCCGUCACCAAGUGCCGAAGUUGAAUUCUGGAAAGCUCGUUUGAAAAAUCUAGAAUUUAUUUAUGAUCAAUUGCGAGAUCCUAGAGUGAAGCAAGUUGGCAAAUAUUUAGAAAUGACCAAAAGUGCGUAUUUUUCAACCUUCAAAAAUAUGUUUAAAGACGUAGUUGCUGGUGUUAUUGAAGCCAGAGAUAUUUGUUUGUAUUUGAAACCAAUGGUGCCUCAUUUUUCGAAUUUUGAAGACGGAGAGUUGUUCGAAAAUGAACGCAAUAUCAAGCCUUUGCUCCACUGCAUGGGGUUGAUUUGGGCCAACUCAAAGUACUACUGCGCUAAUGAGAAAAUGGUGAUUCUGUUUAGAGAAAUAGCCAAUAUGUUAAUCGACGCCAGUAAUCGUAUGUUGGACCCAAGCUCAAUUUUUCAAGGGGAACCUGACGAAAUGCACGACAAGAUUGAUAAAACAUUACACAUUUUGGAGCUUUUUAUGGACUCGUUCGAGUUUGUUAGAGACAAUUUGGCUACUUACUUUAAAAGAGAAGAUGAAGAAAUGCCGGCACUUUGGACGUUUCAUAAAAGGACAGUGUUUCAAAGAUUGCUCGAUUUUAUUGAUCGUCUGAGACUAAUCAAAGCAAUUUUGGCGACUAAUCUAGAAUUCAGCAAGUUGGAAAAAGUUGAAUUUGGUGGGAUCAAAGGCCGGUUGUUGUCCCAAAAAUGUGAACAAAUUUUUGAAGAGUUUGGUGCUGCUUAUAAUGUUUUUAAUUCGAUUCAGUAUGAUCCUUGUGACACCAGUGACCUUAAUAUUCUCCAAGAUAAUGACGAAUUUCACGCAAAAUGUGCCGAUUUUGACAAACGAUUGGCAGCGAUAUUCUCUCAGGCUUUCGAUGAUUGCUACAACCUCGAGAGCAUUUUUAAAUUUCUUGCAAUCAUCGGGAAUUUGCUUGAAAGGUCUGUUAUUAGAAACGAAAUAACUCCUAAAUAUCCAGCAAUUAUUGAUAUAUUCAAUGAAGAACUUGAUACGGUAAAAAUCAUUUUUGAUGAAGGCAAAAAGAAUGGUAUUCCUAUCGAUAAAAAUUUUCCUCCGGUAGCUGGAACCCUUAUGUGGAUAUCAAAAUUGAGGCAAAGGAUUGAAAAACCGGGAGAAGAUUUGAAAUUAUUAGAAGAUGAUAUAAUCAAGUCGGAGGAGGCUCUUCACUCGUUUGAAAAAUAUGAACACAUGAUGAGAAUUUUAGAUAAUGAAAGCAAGGAAGUGUUUGGAAAUUGGUGUAAAUCAAUUCCGCAACAAAUUGAAACUAGUAUGGCUAAAUUUGAACUUAAACGUAAACCUGAGGAUUUGAUUCAUUUAAAUUUUGAUGCUGAACUAGUAGCCGCUUUGAGAGAAAUUAAGUACAUGAAGUUCUUAGAGAUUCCGGAUAUACCUCAAGAGGGGCUAGAUUUGUUCGAAAAAGUUGAACUUCUGUUUGAAUGUCAACAGAAAUUUAACAGAGUUGUCGAUUGGUAUAAUCAUCUCAAGAAGAAUACACUUAGGGUAGAGUAUAAUUUAAUUGAACCGGAAAUGAAACAAAUAGAUGAGCUGCUCCAAUCAGUAAUUGAUGCUAUUACUUGGAGUACUCAUGAUGAUGCAACUCUUAGCUCGAUUUAUGAUAAAGUUAAGGAUUUGUCGGAUCGAGUUGUUCAAUGUCAGAAGAACAUGGCUGCUAUAAUAGCCACCUUGGAUGCCUGGGUUGACGUUCCUCUUUUUGAAAGAAGAGAAGGUAAAAAAGAGAAUUUAUUGUAUCCUGAAGAACGGCCUGAACGUACUUCCAAACGAUUUGCUCAAAUUGAAAAUAGCUACGAAGAAAUUAAAAAUCUACUAGAAGUAAAUUAUCGAUUGUUCUUUAAUAUUCCUGAGCCUGUUGAAGAACCAAUUGAUGAGUCGUCUCCUGAAGAAGAAGUAGUCACUGAGCCACCACCUACACCAAAGAAAGGUAAGAAAGGGAAGAAGACUGCCGAGCCACCGAAAGAAAAGGAGAAAGAGAUAAAAGAAAAAGGGAAGAAGGAGAAAGGAAAAAAAGGUGGAAAAGGCAAAAAAAAGAAGCAAAAAGUGCUUGAAGACGCCGAAGCUGAGGUGCAGGAAGAACCUGCAGAUCCUUAUGAGAAUUAUCGUAAAGAAAACUGGAGCAAAUAUUUGGAAUAUGUUGAUAAACUAGUCAAAGACAAACUUGUUGCUGCAGUUAAUAACAGUUUGAUUUACUUGUUAAAUGAGUCUGGUGACGUUACUCCAGUUACACCUUUGUUUGAAUUGUCUUUAGAACUUCACGAUCCCGAUAUUGUGUUUCAACCUUCGGUUAAUUUGACAGAUGAAAAUAAUUUCAUUGGAGAAAUAACCGGAUGUGUGGAAGAUAUUUUCAAAAUGGGUGAAGUUAUGAAACGAGUGAAUCCGGAAAGUGAGGAGUUGAAUUACUUUAUGGAAGUCAAAUCGGAUAAAAAUUUGGCUAAAAUGACUGAAGAACUUUUGAGCAGAAUUAUGUUAAUGAGAGAAGAUGCAUUUGAAUAUCUUAAAGAUUUUGACGAAUUUACUCAUAUUUGGACUGAUGACAGGCACGAGUAUUUGCGUCAGUUUUUGCUUUUUGGUCGGUUAUUGAGUCCUGAGGAACUCGAUAGAAUCGCAGAACUAAAAGAAACUCCACCGUCUGUACAACAGUUUAAGGAGCAAAUUGAUUUUUAUGACGAUAUGUAUAAGAAAGUUGAAGCUAUGAGCAAUGAAAAGAUUCUUGAAGGUGACUGGAUGAGAAUUGAUGUUCGACCUUUGAAACAAGCUAUCCUUAACACGAUUUGCAAAUGGGGCAAUCUUUUCAAACAACAUCUUUACGAUCAUGUUAUUAAUAGUCUCAAUGAUCUCGAUAGCUUCAUCGUUGAGGCAAUUCAAGCCAUGCAAGUGACAUUAGAGGAAGACGACUACGAUGGCUUAUUAAAAGUGAUGGGAUAUUUGUUCAAAGUGAAGGAAAGACAGUUAGAAACCGAUAAUAUGUUCCAGCCAUUAAAGGAAAUUAUGGAUCUGCUAUUAGAAUAUGGAAUGGAAUUUCCGGAAGACGUUCACGUUCAAUUACAGGAAAUUCCAGACAGGUGGCAACAAUGUAAGAAAGUUGCCGCAACCACUAAACAAAACGUUGCACCACUUCAAGCCCUCCAAGUUAAUGCGAUCAAAAGACGAAUUAAUCUGUUCGAAAUCCGACAAGCGAUGUACAGAGAUAUGUUUAAGAAACUUCCCUUCUUUAACUGGAGUUGUAAAGAUGUAUACACUUUGUUAGAUAAAACUAAUUUUGAACUGACGGAACUUGAGACAGAAAUGGCGAAAUUGCAAGAGCAAGCCAAUUUAUUCGAACUAACGCUGCCUGAGUUUAAACCGAUGAAUUAUACGAGGAAGGAAAUUAGGCAAAUUAAACAGUUGUGGGAUUACGUCCAUAUUUUUCGGUCAUGUAUCGAUGAAUGGAAGAAAACUCCUUGGAAAAAAAUUGACGUUGAAGCGAUGGAAAUGGAAUGUAAAAAAUUCGGUAAAGAGGUGCGAGCUAUGGAUAAAGAACUAAGGGGUUGGGACGUUUACAUUCAGUUAGAGGCGUCAAUCAAGAAUAUGUUAACGUCUUUGCGCGCCGUCACAGAAUUGCAAAAUCCAGCAAUUAGGGAAAGACAUUGGAAGCAGUUGAUGCAAGCCACAAAGGUGAAAUUUGUAAUGGACGAUUCGACAACACUCAGCGAAUUGCUCGCCUUGAAUUUACACGAGUAUGAAGAUGAAGUUAAGAACAUUGUUGAUAAGUCAGUUAAGGAAAUGGCAAUGGAGAAAGUUUUAAAAGAACUAAACGCAACUUGGACCAACAUGAUGUUUGCAACCGAAGUUCACGAACGCACAAAUUUGAGACUUUUGGUGGCUUCUGAGGAGUUAAUUGAGACUUUGGAAGAAAACCAAGUCGCUCUUCAAAAUAUGAUGACGUCUAAAUUUAUUGAUUUCUUUCUUGAAGAGGUUUCCGAUUGGCAGAAAAAACUAUCGAAUGCUGAUCAAGUCAUACAAGUGUUUUUUGAAGUACAACGCAAGUGGUGUUAUUUGGAAAGUAUUUUCAUAGGUUCUGAAGACAUUAGAAGUCAAUUACCCGAAGAUUCGAGACGGUUUGAGAAAAUAGAUAGGGAUUUUAAAGAGGUUUUGUCUGAAAUGUUAAAAGAUUUAAAUGUGGUAAGAUCCACUAAUAAGCCCGGACUUUACGACAAGCUUGAUGGUAUUUUGGGACAAUUGACAUUGUGCGAGAAAGCUCUCAACGAUUAUUUGGAAACGAAAAGAUUGGCAUUUCCGCGGUUCUAUUUUGUAUCUUCCGCUGAUUUAUUAGAUAUUUUGUCAAAUGGAAAUCAACCAGAUUUGAUUCAGAGACAUUUAACCAAAUUAUUUGAUUCUUUGGCUAAAUUGAAAUUUGAAAAAGAAGGUGGAAAAAAUUCAAAAAGGGCUUUUGGUAUGAUUUCGAAAGAAAAUGAAGAACAUGUACAAUUUAGCCAAAUAUGUGACUGUACUGGUAAAGUUGAAGUUUGGCUAAACCGUGUCAUUGAUGUAAUGAGGAAGACUCUUCAAAGUUGUUUUGCUGAAGCUAUAUCAACCUACGAUGAAAAGCCUCGAGAAGUUUGGAUUUACGACUAUCCAGCACAACCAGCGCUUUGCGGCACUCAAAUUUGGUGGACAACUGAAGUAAAUAUUGCUUUUGCAAGACUAGAGGAAGGUUACGAAAACGCCCUGAAGGACUAUCAAAGAAAACAAAUCAAUCAGUUAAAUGCCCUUAUUAAUUUAUUGUUGGGCGAUUUGACUGCAGGUGAGCGUCAAAAAAUUAUGACCAUUUGUACCAUCGACGUUCACUCGAGAGACGUAGUGGCAAAAAUGAUUCUAAUCAAAGUCGAAAAUUCACAAGCUUUUCAAUGGCAAAGUCAGUUGAGACAUCGAUGGGAUGAUAAAAUUAAAGACUGUUUUGGUAAUAUUUGUGACGCACAAUUCAGAUAUCAAUACGAAUACUUGGGCAACACUCCUCGACUCGUGAUAACGCCUUUAACUGAUCGUUGUUACAUAACUCUUACUCAAAGUUUGCAUUUAAUAAUGGGGGGAGCACCUGCCGGGCCUGCAGGAACUGGAAAAACUGAAACGACCAAAGAUUUGGGAAAAGCUUUAGGUAUGAUGGUGUACGUGUUUAAUUGCUCGGAACAAAUGGACUACAAAUCUAUCGGCAACAUUUACAAGGGGUUAUCACAGACCGGUUGUUGGGGUUGUUUUGAUGAAUUUAACCGAAUUUCCAUUGAGGUACUGUCUGUGGUAGCUGUUCAAGUGAAAGUCAUUCAAGACGCUAUCAAAGACAAAAAAAACAGGUUUAAUUUUUUGGGCCAAGAUAUCGUCCUUGUUCCCACGGUGGGUCUUUUCAUUACUAUGAACCCGGGCUACGCUGGUCGUACUGAACUCCCGGAAAACUUAAAAGCCCUAUUUAGGCCAUGCGCCAUGGUGGUGCCUGACUUUGCUCUAAUUUGUGAAAUUAUGUUGGUCGCUGAAGGUUUCCAAGAAGCUCGACUUUUGGCGCGCAAAUUUAUCACUCUUUACACUUUGUGUCGCGAAUUAUUGAGCAAACAAGACCAUUACGAUUGGGGUUUGAGGGCAAUUAAGUCUGUUUUGGUCGUUGCAGGGUCGUUGAAACGUGGCGAUAGACAACGGCCGGAAGACCAAGUCUUAAUGCGCGCUUUGCGUGAUUUCAACAUUCCUAAAAUAGUUACAGACGACGUCCCGGUUUUCAUGGGAUUGAUUGGUGAUUUGUUUCCGGCCUUGGACGUGCCAAGAAAACGCGACCCGGAGUUUGAAAGAAUGAUAAAAAAGUCGGCGGUUGAUUUGAAAUUGCAACCUGAGGAUGGUUUUGUUUUGAAAGUGGUGCAAUUGGAGGAACUUUUUGCGGUGCGACAUUCAGUGUUCGUGAUUGGUAACACUGGAACGGGUAAAACUAUGGUUUGGAAGACUUUGAAUAAAACUUAUCAGAAUCAGAAAAGAAAGCCCGUUUACAAUGACAUUAAUCCUAAAGCAGUGACUAAUGAUGAGUUGUUUGGAGUUAUAAAUCCAGCUACUAGAGAGUGGAAAGAUGGUCUCUUUUCUGUGAUAAUGAGAGAUCAAGCUAAUUUAACCGGUGAUGGACCUAAAUGGAUUGUUCUUGAUGGUGACAUUGAUCCAAUGUGGAUUGAAUCAUUAAAUACACUUAUGGACGAUAAUAAAGUUCUAACUUUGGCUAGUAAUGAACGAAUAGCUUUAACACCAGCUAUGCGAUUAUUAUUCGAAAUUGCUUCUCUACGUACAGCAACUCCAGCCACUGUUUCCAGAGCCGGUAUUUUAUACAUAAAUCCGGCAGAUCUGGGAUGGAACCCUUACGUAGCCUCUUGGAUUGAUACAAGAACUCAACAAAAUGAAAAAGCAAAUCUUAUGAUACUCUUUGAUAAAUACGUUCCUCCUUGCUUGGAAGUACUCCGUCACAAAUUGAAAAAAAUAACACCCAUAUCUGAAGUGGCACACAUUUCAAUGCUUUGUUUCCUUUUGGACUGUUUCCUAACACCGCAAAAUGUACCUCCUGAUUGUCCCAAAGAGUGGUACGAAAUUUAUUUUGUAUUUUCUACAGUCUGGGCUUUUGGUUCGGCUUUGUUUCAAGAUCAGAUCGUUGACUGGCGAAACGAAUUUAGUAAAUGGUUUGUGAAUGAAUUCAAAACUAUCAAAUUUCCCGUUACUGGAGGCAACGUCUUCAGUUAUUACGUUGAAGAGGAGACUAAAAGAUUUGCUCCAUGGACUGAACUAGUACCCGAAUUUGAAUUGGAUCCUGAUAUUCCCUUGCAAGCAACUUUGGUCAAUACGGCCGAAACUACAAGAAUUCGUUUUUUUAUGGAUCACUUGAUGGCAAAAAGAAUUCCUGUUAUGUUGGUAGGACCUGCAGGGAGUGGCAAAAGUGUAAUUGUGGCAGAAAAACUUUCCAACUUAUCUGAACAUUAUGCCGUUACUAAUGUUCCCUUCAAUUUUUAUACGACUUCUGAAAUGUUGCAAAGAAUAUUAGAAAAGCCUUUAGAAAAGAAAGCAGGGCGUGUGUUUGGCCCUCCGGGUAAUAAAACCAUGAUUUACUUUGUCGACGAUAUGAAUAUGCCGGAAGUUGAUAAAUAUUUUACUGUGCAACCUCACACUUUGAUACGCCAGUAUAUGGAUUACCAACAUUGGUAUGACCGUCAAAAACUGACUUUGAAAGACAUUCACAACGUGCAGUUUGUCUCGUGCAUGAAUCCAACUGCCGGUUCUUUUACCAUAAACCCCAGAUUGCAAAGACACUUUUGUGUUUUUGCCGUAAGUUUUCCAAGUCAAGAGGCAUCAAACCAUAUUUAUCACAGUAUUAUAUCGCAACAUUUUGAUUCGGAACACAACAGGUUUAGCAGAAAUAUUUUUAAACUGAGUGCUUCUUUAGUAGAUGCGGCGGUUUUCCUCCACCAAAAAGUAGCGACAACUUUUCUCCCAACUGCGGUUAAGUUUCAUUACACGUUUACUUUGAGAGAUCUUUCGAAUAUCUUCCAAGGAAUGCUUUUUGCGACCGGAGAUGCUAUUAAAAAUCAGACCGAUUUAAUUCGACUUUGGAUGCACGAAUGUGGCAGAGUUUAUGGUGAUAAACUUGUAGAAAAACGCGACUUGGAUACUUACAAAAAGUUGGUAAUUGAAUCAGUGAAGAAAAGUUUCGAGGAAUUGGAUGAAAAUGAGGUGUUUGAGGAACCUUUGAUAUUUUGUCAUUUUGCUGAAGGCAUGGGUGAUCCUAAAUAUUUCCCCAUUCGUGAAUUUGAUCAUUUGAGUAAACUUUUGCACGAAGCUUUGGCCGGUUAUAAUGACCUAGUAGCUGCGAUGAAUUUGGUGUUGUUUGAAGACGCAAUGUAUCACAUUUGCCGCAUUAACAGAAUUAUGGAAGCUCCAAGAGGUAACGCACUGCUAAUAGGGGUUGGAGGUUCAGGAAAACAAUCUUUGACGAGACUUGCUUCUUUUAUCUCCUCAUUUGAAGUGUUUCAAGUUCAGUUAAAGAAAGGUUACAGUAUGACUGACUUAAAAGCCGACUUGGCCCAAUUAUAUCUAAAAGCAGGACUGAAAAGUGUUGGAAUUGUAUUUCUAAUGACUGAUGCUCAAGUCCCUCAAGAAAUUUUCCUGGUUGCGAUUAAUGAUAUGUUGGCAUCGGGAGAAAUCAGUGAGUUACUGCCAGAUGAAGAUGUUGAAAAUGUUAUAAACACAGUUAGAGGCGAGGUAAAGCAAAGUGGGCUACAAGAUACAAGAGAAAACUGCUGGAAAUUUUUUAUUGAUCGUGUGAGAAGAUUGCUGAAAACGGUUUUGUGUUUUUCACCAGUUGGUUCCACCCUCAGAGUGCGUGCUAGAAAAUUUCCGGCUAUUGUUAAUUGUACUUCUAUAGAUUGGUUUCAUGAAUGGCCAAGGGAAGCUCUGGAAUCAGUAUCAAAGAGAUUUUUAGCAGAAAUUGAAGUUCUUCCUAAAGAUCUCGUUCCUUCAGUGUCUAACUUUAUGUCAGAUGUUCACGGAGUGGUAAACACCAUGUCGGAGUUAUAUCUACAAAAUGAAAAACGCUACAAUUAUACAACUCCAAAAUCUUUUCUAGAACAAAUCUCUUUAUAUUCUAAGCUUUUAUAUGAAAAGACUAAAAACUUGGAGGACAAUAUUGAACGUCUAGAAUCCGGUUUACUUAAACUAGCUUCAACUUCUGAAGAAGUAGACGGUUUGAAAGAAGUGUUGGCAGUCCAGGAAGUAGAAUUAAAUGAAAAGAAUGAAGCUGCCGGCAAAUUGAUUGCUGUUUUAAGCGCUGAAAACGAAAAAGUUGCAAAAGAACAAGCAAUUGCUAGCGAGGAAGAAGCCAAAGUCAAAGAAAUUGAAGAGGAUGUAAGUGUUAAACAAAAAAUUUGUGCCGAUGAUUUAGCAAAAGCUGAGCCAGCCCUAAUUGCAGCCCAACAAGCUUUAAAUACACUGAAUAAAAACAAUUUAACUGAAUUGAAGUCUUUUACUCAACCACCGGAAGCGGUAGUUGCUGUAACUGCUGCAGUAUUAAUCCUGUUUUCUCCAAAAGGCAAAAUUCCGAAAGAUCGUAGCUGGAAAUCUUGCAAGGGGAUGAUGACAAGAGUUGACAAAUUUUUAGAAGAUCUAAUAAAUUAUGAUAAAGAAAAUAUGCAACCAGAAGUUGUAAAAGCAACUCUGGAAUAUACGAAAAACCCCGAAUUUAGUCCGGAAAAAAUUUUGAGCAAAUCGGUGGCAGCUGCAGGAUUGUGUGCAUGGGUUAUCAAUAUUUUGAAGUUUUACGAUGUGUUUGUUGUGGUUGAGCCUAAGAGGAAAGCUUUGCAAAAAGCUAACCAAGAAUUGGCAGAAGCAAGAGCAAAAUUAGCCGAGCUUAAUGAGAAAUUGAAUUAUCUAGAGUCACAAUUGGCGAUUUUGAAAGCCGAUUUUGAGGAAGCUACUGCUGCGAAGAUGAAAUGUCAGGCUGAAGCUGAUGCAACGACUCAAAUGAUCGAUUUGGCAAAUCGACUUGUUAAUGGUCUCGCGUCGGAAAAUAUCAGGUGGAGAGAGUUGGUGAAAUUGUAUCGAAAAAUGAUAAUUACAUUGCCGGGAGAUGUGUUGAUGAUAACUUGUUUUAUUUCAUACGUUGGUUGUUUUACGAGACGAUACAGAACAGAGAUGGUUGAACAUCAUUGGUUACCAUCGCUGAAAAAAAUCGAACCGAAAAUUCCAAUGAGUGAAGGUUUGGAUCCUUUGUCGUUGCUCACAGAUGAUGCAAUGGUUGCAGCGUGGAAUAAUGAAGGGCUUCCUAAUGAUCGUAUGUCAACCGAAAAUGCUUGUAUUUUAACAAAUUCAGCAAGAUGGCCGCUAAUGAUAGAUCCUCAAUUGCAAGGUGUUAAAUGGAUCAAAACUAAGUAUGGUGACAGCUUGACUGUUAUUAGAUUAAGUAUGAAGAAUUAUUUGGACACUAUUGAAAGAUGUAUUCAAAAUGGGGAAAUUAUUCUUGUGGAAAAUAUAGGAGAAACUGUGGACGCGGUCUUAGAUCCUGUUCUUGGACGAGUUUUAAUCAAAAAGGGCAGAGCGAUAAAAAUCGGUGAUAAGGAAGUGGAUUAUAAUCCCAACUUUAGGAUGAUUAUGCAUACGAAAUUGGCUAAUCCUCAUUACAAACCAGAAAUUCAAGCACAGACUACUCUCAUUAAUUUCACAGUAACUCGAGAUGGUUUAGAGGAGCAACUUUUGGCAGAAGUCGUAAAAGCGGAACGUCCGGAUUUGGAAACGUUGAAGGCAAAUUUAACUAAACAGCAAAACGAUUUCAAAAUUAUUUUGAAAAGAUGUGAAGAUAAUUUGUUGUUCAGACUUUCAUCGGCUACUGGUAAUAUACUGGGAGAUGUAGAACUAGUCGAAAAUUUGGAAACUACCAAAAAAAUGUCUACAGAAAUUGAAGAAAAAGUCAAAGAAGCUAAAAUCACUUCAGUCAAAAUCGAUGAAGCUCGUGAACAGUACCGACCAUGUUCAGCAAGAGCUUCUCUUCUUUAUUUCAUUUUAAACGAUCUUUGCCGCAUUAACGCAAUUUAUCAAUUUUCAUUGAAAGCCUUUAGUGUGGUAUUCAAAGAUGCGUUAUCUAAAGCAGAACCGGCUGAAAAGUUAAAGGAUCGAGUAAUCAACUUACUGGACAGUAUAUCUUUUUCGGUAUUCAUGUAUACAACUCGAGGUCUAUUCGAAUGUGACAAGUUAAUUUUUAUGGCCCAAAUGGCGUUCCAAAUUUUGCUACACUCUAAUGAAAUCGAUCAUGCCGAACUCGACUUUUUAUUACGAUAUCCUGUAGUACCAAAUUUGACAUCUCCUGUGGACUUCCUCACGAAUCAAUCUUGGGGCGGCAUUAAAGCCCUUUCAGAAUUUGAUGACUUUAGAGGUUUAGAUAAAGAUUUAGAAGGCUCGGCAAAACGUUGGCGAAAAUUUGUCGAUAGCGAAUGUCCCGAAAAGGAGAAGUUCCCCGGGGAGUGGAAAAACAAAACCGCUUUGCAACACUUAUGCAUGAUGCGUGCCCUACGACCUGAUCGAAUGACUUACGCAGUUCGUUGUUUUAUUGAAGAAAAACUCGGAUCAAAAUAUAUCACAGCUAGAUCCGUCGAAUUUGCAAAAUCUUACGAAGAGACGAGUUCUUCAACCCCAGUUUUCUUCAUUCUAUCGCCAGGUGUAAAUCCGCUUAAAGAUGUGGAAAAGUUGGGCAAAAAACUCGGUUUCACCUUUGAUGCCGGGACUUUCCACAGUAUUUCUUUAGGACAAGGGCAGGAAGUUGUCGCUGAAAGCGCAAUGGAUUUGGCGUCGGAGAGGGGCGAUUGGGUGAUUUUGCAAAAUAUUCAUUUAGUUGAGCGAUGGUUACCCAUUUUGGAGAAAAAAAUGGAACAAUGCGCUGAAGGUGCUCAUGAAAAGUUUAGGUUGUAUUUGAGUGCUGAACCUAAUGCUGAUCCCCAAGUGUCUGUAAUCCCACAAGGGAUUUUAGAAUCGUCGAUUAAAAUCACAAAUGAGCCUCCAACUGGCAUGUAUGCCAACUUGCACAAAGCUUUAGAUAAUUUUAGUCAGGAAACUUUGGAUAUGUGCACGAAAGAAGCGGAGUUUAAAGUAAUUUUGUUCGCUUUAUGCUAUUUUCACGCUGUGGUUGCCGAAAGAAGGAAGUUUGGACCACAAGGGUGGAAUAGAAAUUAUCCUUUCAAUGUAGGUGACCUCACUAUUAGUGUAAACGUGUUAUACAAUUAUCUAGAAAGUAACAACAAGAUUCCUUACGAAGACUUGCGUUAUCUUUUUGGGGAAAUAAUGUAUGGAGGGCAUAUUACCGAUGAUUGGGAUCGACGUUUGUGUCGAAAUUAUUUAAUGGAGUAUCUUCAACCCGAAUUGUUGGAAGGGGACUUACAGUUUGCGCCAGGGUUUUAUGCUCCACCAAACACAGAUUACGUUGGAUAUCAUCGUUAUAUUGAUGAGCGUUUGCCACCUGAAAGUCCCUACCUUUAUGGUCUUCAUCCAAAUGCAGAAAUCGGCUUUUUGGCAUACACUUCUGAAGUUAUGUUUAGAACAAUUUUUGAAAUGCAACCUCGAGAUGCUGGAGCUUCUGUGGGCCAUGGUUUUUCUCGAGAAGACAAGGUUAAAUCGACUCUUGAAGAUAUUCAAGACCGGCUUCCUGACGAGUUUCCAGUUGCUGAAAUGAUGGCAAAAGUCGAAGAUAGAACUCCGUACAUAAUCGUCGCUUUCCAAGAAUGUGACAGAAUGAAUAGUUUAACGAGAGAGAUGAAGAGAUCGCUUCGGGAAUUAGAUUUGGGGCUUAAAGGUGAACUUACCAUUACGUCAGACAUGGAAGUCUUGGAAGAAGCCUUAUUUAUGGACCAAGUCCCUGAUUCUUGGUCUGUCAAGGCUUACCCCAGCAUGUUACCUUUGGGUCAGUGGGUGGGCGACUUGGGAGCUAGAAUUAAAGAACUGGAAGGAUGGGUUACCGAUUUUUCGAUGCCUCCCACAGUCUGGCUGGGAGGUUUUUUCAAUCCUCAGUCGUUUCUUACAGCCAUUAUGCAACAAACUGCUCGUAAAAACGAAUGGCCUUUGGACAAAAUGUGUCUUUUGACUGACGUCACCAAAAAGCAGAAAGAGGAAUUCGGGGCGGCACCUCGAGAGGGAGCAUAUGUGCACGGUUUAUUUAUGGAGGGCGCAAGGUGGGAUACUCAGCUCGGAAGUAUUGCUGAUGCUAAGCUUAAAGAAUUGUUCCCUGUAAUGCCGGUUAUAUUCAUCAAGGCAAUCACACAGGAUAAACAGGAUUUGCGGAAUAUGUACGAUUGUCCUGUUUAUAAAACAAGGACGCGAGGACCGACUUUCGUCUGGACUUUUAAUUUGAAAACAAAGGAAAAGGCGUCGAAAUGGACCCUUGCCGGAGUUGCGAUUCUGUUACAAAUUUAAUUUAUUUAUUUUACACUGUAGCUGUUAAUAAAAUUUUAUCUU